AAAUUAGAAAAUAAAAAAGGAAACUGCGAAGCAAUCAAGCAAAUGCAUAGAAAAGCGUAUUACGGUUCCGAAUGUAGAUAAGUGCGAAGGAUUUGAUCAACUUCUUUUAUUUUAUUUCCUUUCCCUCCAAAAACUCUUCUCCACCUCCAGCCCUAUCUCUGCCAGCAAUCUGAGGGUUUGAUUCCAUGGCUUCUUCUUCUUUUUCUUCUUCUUCAGAUUCUAUGAAGCCUCGAUAUGUUUGUAUUGUGGGUGUUGCUCGUACGCCUAUGGGUGAUUUUCUUGGUUCCCUGUCGUCUCUCUCAGCUACAAAGCUCGGAUCCAUAGCUAUUCAGUCUGCUCUUAAGAGGGCAAACGUUGAUCCCUCGCUUGUGCAAGAGGUAUUCUUUGGCAAUGUUUUUUUUGCUAAUUUAGGACAAGCUCCUGCCAGGCAGGCUGCUUUAGGUGCGGGUAUACCCAAUUCAGUGAUUUGCACCACCAUUAAUAAAGUUUGUUCAUCGGGGAUGAAAGCGGCUAUGCUCGCAGCACAGACGAUUCAAGUGGGUAUCAAUGAUAUUGUUGUGGCUGGUGGAAUGGAAAGCAUCUCUAAUGCACCCAAGUAUAUUGCGGCAGCAAGGCAAAUACAACUAUACAUGAUUAUUUUUCCUUCGGGGUUUGAUGAUCAGAACGAGGACAUCGUAGGUGUGAAUGUUGAUUUUGAGGGAGAUACAGGACUACUGAUCAGUGAACACAAUAGGUGCACCAAUCAUGAUGAAUAUCAACGGGAGAAAGAGAAAGGAUGUUUAGGGGAAUGCUAAUUGUUCAAGGACAAAUGAAAUUAAGCUAAAACAGGUCAAGACAGGUUUUGUGGGCACUUCAUUUUCUGAUAACAUUUAGUCACCACUUACCUGUGGUGCAUAAAGAUUAACGAGUACUUGCUAUGUGUAGUUGCUUUGUUAGGAGACAUGGAUUCCAUCAGAGGCUUACUCCCCAUCCCGAUGGAAGAUAUAGAGACUAGAUGAGCAGUAGAUUGAGCUGUUGAGGACAGGAGAGCUACCUGCUUGAAGUUAUCGGGUAUAUUUUAUACCCUGAUUGUAAAUAUUCAUUUUGAUAUAUGUAUUGCACGUAAUUGUAUGGACAUGUAAAAUCGGUCUUGAGCAGCUUGUACAAAGUUUGUAUAAAGUUGUAAUAAAUUUUAUUUUGGAUUUUCUUAAUGUAAGUUUCUAAUAUGAUGUAUAUAUAAAUUAUUUUGUCAUUAAUGAAAUAUGAUUGGUAGUA